CAAGACACACAAACACAUUCAUGAAACAAGAAUCAGUACUAUAAUAUACAAAAGAUGCAGUUCACGAUAAUUGUAGUAAUCUUGUUCUUUAUCGUUCCCUUGGCAUUGGCUGAUCUAAGCGUUGGUUUCUAUAGUUCAAGCUGCCCAAAAGCAGAAGCCAUUGUACGAAAAGUUGUUCAAAGGAACUACUUGUACAUUGAUAGAUCCAUCGCCGGAGGCUUGCUUCGCUUGCACUUUCAUGAUUGUUUCGUUCGAGGUUGCGAUGCCUCCAUAUUAAUAGACCCAACAGAGGACAACGAAUCUGAGAAAGAUGCAGAAGCAAACGAAACCGUUAGGGGUUUCGAGAUCAUCGACAAGGCCAAGAAGAAGCUAGAAAAAGUGUGCCCUUCAACAGUUUCCUGUGCAGACAUCAUUGCGCUGGCAGCAAGAGACGCCGUCUCCAUCACCGGAGGACCAUGGUACGCCGUUCCCACCGGCAGACGCGACGGGUUUGUCUCGAAUCCUUCAAACGCAGAGAUCCUUCCAGGACCAAGUUCAACGGUGUCACAUGCCCUUCAAAUCUUUACAUCAAAAGGCAUGACACUUAGCGAAAUGGUAACCCUUAUGGGAGCACACACCAUUGGUUAUGCUCAUUGUGGUUUCUUCAGGAAAAGGCUUGAAGGUAGAGACUCAACAAUGGAUCCUUCUCUGAACGAGAAGCUUGUGAGGCUUUGUGGGAAUAGUAGUAGUAGUAAUAACAACCCUACGACGUUUUUGGAUCAGAACACUUCUUUUGUGUUUGACAAUCAAUUUUAUGAAGAGAUCGUUAACAAGAGAGGGGUGCUUUUCAUUGACCAGCAGUUGGCUCUGGAUUCUUCGACUAAAGGGUUGGUCUCCAAGUUCGCCACAGAUGCUGAGAGCUUUCGACGAAGCUUUGUGAAUGCUAUUGUCAAGAUGGGAAGCAUUGGUGUUUUGGUUGGAGAUGAUGGCGAGAUUAGAACUCGUUGCUGGGAUUACAAUAAUAAUAAUAAUAGUGAUCCUUAAAUUGUGACUUUAGAUUUGUUUUUCA